UUUUUCUUGUUUUCUUUUUUUCCUAGUUAACUUUUUUUCUUUACAAUUUAUAUAUUGCAUAUUAUGUGUUGUUAGCUUCAUCAUUACAUCAAAGACCAAAAUGAUGCAUGUAGAGCUUCCGUGGGAAUUGGUAGAAGGCAUACUCUAUCGUCUUCCGCCUUUAUCUCUAAUCCGAUUCAAAAUUGUUUGCAAAAAAUGGAAAGCACUUUUUAAAAGCAAAUCAUUUCACAAUAACAACUUGGUUCGUAUCCGUCCUCACUUUCUCGUAUGGACCGAUUCUAAGAUGUAUUCAGUAAGCAUUAAUCUGAGCAAGGAUCCAAAUAUAGAGAUGCAUGAGUUAUCGUUAGAUAUUCCUUCUUUUCAUAAUAAUAACAUGACUACACGUUUUCUUCCUUGUGAUGGCUUAUUGUAUUGUGACUCGUUGUCAUGUGAAGCUGCGGUUUGGAACCCGUGGUUGAGACAAACUAGAUGGAUCGAGUCUCAGUACAAAGAUUUCACGUUUCGUGGCAUAGGAUACGAUAGUGGUAAACCUGAAAAAGAUUACUACAUCUUCGGUUCUACUGCUAUUUACACGUUGGAAACUAAUGAGUGGAAGCGCACGAAUGCAUAUCUUGGAAAAAUGUUCCCCACAUAUAAUGAUGUGUCUUUGAAUGGAAAUUUGUAUUGGGUUGUUCCCGAUCGGAAGGCUGAUGAGUAUUUUAUCCAAACUUUCGAUUUUUCGAAACAAAUAUAUAAAGUUUUUUGCGUUCUACCGUGGAAUAUGAUGAACUCUUCUUUUCCAGUCCUCUCAACUUUUAGAAAAGAUCGGCUUUCCCUGUUAAAAAAAAUGAACGGAACAAAUAAUAAUAUUGAGGUUUGGGUGACAAGAAACAAGAUUAAUAAUAACGAUGUGGAGCAUGUAACGUGGAUAAAGUUCAUGACAGUUUCGAUACCUAUUAGUACCAUCUGUCGUCCAAGUUUCUUUAUCGAUGAUGUUUACAAAAGGAGUCUCGUUAUGUGUUGUAAGGACAAAAAUGAAAAGCUUUGCAUUUAUAUUGUGAGGGGUAAUGUGUUAACGAAUAUUCAAAUGGACGUUGAUGCUAAAUGUGCUAUUAAUCAUUGUUCCUAUGUUCCCAGUUUGAUCCCUAUUCCUCCUCUAUAGAGUCCAGAUUUUCAAGAACUCAAGUUUUAGUGUUUAUUAUUUUGGAUUACUUGUACUUUUUUUC